GAAACCUGUUGCGGUUUUGUCAUUUGAUGAUUUCUAUGGUAAACAUCGUUUCCUCCUCCGAGGUCCUCGUGGCGAGCCUUUUGUUAGACUUUUAAUAAAGAAAUGAAGAAGUGCUCGAUUAAACACAGUACCCGCCUGUCCUAUCCUCCCCUAAACUGCAACCGAAACAUCUUUCUGCCCUCAGGACGAAGCCUGACCCCAUAAUGGCGUAUAGAUCUCAUCUGUUCUUACUGAUUCUUGUUGUUUCCGUUUUUAAAAUUGAAAAAUACAUUUUAAGUUGAAUUUUCAUUGCCCAAACGUCAGAAAAGAAGUUUGGUGAGUAGUUUCGUAAUCAGGGAACAACUGACGAAGCUGAAGGUGGUUUUCUAAUCGGGAGAAAAUACAGACAUGUGUAGAAACCAAUAUGAUUAUGAAACCUAAUUUGCUAAAUGCAGACCAUAGACACAGGCGAACUAUUUAAUGUCAACGUGCAAGUGAAUUCUAAAGGUACUGAGUGCCACUUUUUAAACUUUUGAACACUGGCCCCUCAAACAGUGUCUACGCAGAUCUGCUUAGAUAUGUUUUGUUUUCACAAGACAUUUGUUGUGUUACAAGAUAAAAUAAGUUUGAUAACAUCUGUGUAAUUAAGAAAAGGGAAAUGAGCUUAAAAGUAUAUUCUGGAGCAUAUGAAUAUCAAAGGUUUCAUUUACUUGUUCGUUGUUCUGUUGCAGAAAAGAUAAAGUUAUAUGUUACUAAUGUGCAUCAAUCACCACUGAAAUAUCCAAAAAUCUUCUGUGAACCGCUUUCCUCUGAAUAAGUUCCUCCUCCUCUGAUCUGUUGGCGUGUGUAUGUGAGUGUGUACGCAUGCGUGUUCUCACACCCUUGUGUGACUUCAAGCCACACAGCAGUUCUGAAACUCAAACUUCUGGCUGAUGAAGUGCUGCAGGACUUGGAAUGAACCAGAGAAAAUUUGAAAGAAAUAUUACACAACAAGACAUAAAACACGGACCAUCUGCAGUGGCGCCUUCAAUGUAACCAUGAGAAAGCAGUUUAAUCUCCUAAAACAGCUUGGAUCACUGGGAAAGACGCAAGAUGCUACCGAUCUACUCACUGAGGACCUGGUGCUGGUGUCCUCGCGUGUAUUUGGUUGCAGGUGGAGCAGAGAGUUGAGCCAACCAAGAAGGCUGCCCAGAUCAUUCACAAGAAGCUGUCCGCUUGCCUGCAGAGCCAGACAGGGUUAGAUGCUGAGAAGCGCACGAAAAAACUCCCGUUGAUGAUGUUGUCCAUGAGCAUGGCAGAGAGCCUGAAGGACUUCGAUGGAGACUCACCAAUAAGGAGGGUUCUGGAAAUGUGCUGCUUCAUGCAAACUCUCCUGGCGAAGACGCUGGCCGACUUCGAGGUGCAGCUGGAGAAGGAAGUCCUGGAACCGCUCAACAAACUCAGCGAGGAGGACCUACCCGAAAUUCUCAAGAACAAGAAACAGUUUGCCAAGCUGACCACGGACUGGCUCAACGCCCGCAGCAGGUCUCAGGCCAGCUCGGGUCCGCAGGCCAAACAGGACGGCCUCAGAGAGGAGGUUGAGGAGGCCUGGAGGAAGCUGGAGAGCGCCAAGGACCAGUACUCUGCCGACUUGUACCACUUCAGCACCAAACAGGACGAAUACAGCAGCUAUUUCACCCGCCUGCUGGAGUUACAAGCCGAUUAUCAUCAGAAGUCUCUUUCCUUUCUGGAGCGGAACAUUACAGAGCUGAAGGAGAACCACAGCCAAUCAGGUCCCCUUCUAGGCGGCUCCUUCAAACCCGUGUACGGGCAGCCGCUCCUCUCCCACCUGCUGGACAGCGGUCGACAGAUCGCCACCCCCAUUCAGGAGUGCGUCCACAUGCUGCUGAACACAGGCAUGCAGGAGGAGGGUCUCUUCCGACUGGCGGCGGCAGCCUCUGUGGUUAAGAGACUGAAACAUAGCCUGGACAGCAGCAAUGUGGACCACAGUGAAUUCAGCUCUGACCCCCAUGCCGUAGCAGGGGCCUUGAAGUCAUAUCUCAGGGAGCUGCCUGAGCCACUCAUGACCUUUGAUCUUUAUGAUGAGUGGUUCAAAGCAGUCAGUGAAAGAGAGCUUUCGGACCGGCUGGAGAGGAUAAGAGAGGUACUGAAGAAGCUUCCUUUGGAAAACUACAACAACCUUAGGUACCUGAUCCAGUUCCUGGCCCGCCUGUCGGAGCAGCAGGCCGUGAACAAAAUGACCCCCAGUAACGUCGCCAUCGUGCUGGGGCCCAACCUGCUAUGGCCCAAGAUGGAGGGGGAGAAUGUGACCUUUGACAUGGCGUCGGCCUCCUCUGUCCAGGUAGUUUCUGUGAUCGAGCCGCUGAUACAGCAUGCCGGCAGCCUGUUCCCCGAAGAGGUGGACUUUAUGAUUCCUGAGCUUCCGGGGAAUUCCGAUCUGACUUCCUCACAGUCCCUGCCCUGUGUUGCAGAUCCACACUCUCACACAGACCCUAGUAUAACACCUCUUACUGACAGCUCAUCAUUGUCACAAAACAUCUCUGAAGCGCUCUCCCAAUUGAGCUCCAUAGGUAACAGCUCUUCCUCAGACUCCAAGAGCAGGCAUCCUGUCCUGACCAGUCACCAAUCCCCAGCCGCCAGCUCUGGUUCACACGGACCCCCCCACCAUCAAGCAGCAGCGCCGUCCAAAGGGGGAAACUGGAGUAUCCGGAAGGAAACCCCACGACGACAUGGGGAGAACAUGCAAACUCCACACACAUGUGACCCAGGCGGAGACUCGAACCCGGGUCCCAGAGCUUGGAGACCCAGUCUGCAACAGAAACCGUUUUUCCAACCCAGAGAGACUCCAAAGGGGAACGAGGACUUCUGCAAACCCUCGGGUCAGUCACUUCCGCCUGCCCAGGGAGAGGAGCCGUUGGUACCGACGAUACCCUGUGACCAUCUGAGCAGGAAGCCACCUGUCAAGAAGGGCACAGUGAAAUGCCCCAGCUUCCCGCCCCCAAACCCUCCCCAGCUGAUUAACAAGCACCUUUCCUUCCUCGGCCAGUGACCUGGGACCGCCACGGGCUUCGUAAGCCGAGGGUCCCUCCACGCUUACGCACAUUACGCCCUUCGUGCUGUUUUCCGCUAAACGUGGGAAAUGACCGCAGCAGAAAACACACAUAUGUGUUUAUCAGAAGCGUUUAUUAUCAUGCUGUAUGAGGAGGAUAUUAUUUGUGAGUGUGCCAGUUACACUCUGGUUUUGUACAUUUACCCUUGCGUUCCUAUGCCAGCUAGUUUCCUCAUAAUCCGUUACCGUACUGUAUGCAUGGAGGAAACUCUGUUUCUCUCAGUGUCAAAAGCUUUGCAGUUAAUUGUGCAUAAUCUUUCAUAUGCCUUGCUUGCACUUUGCUUCUUCUAAGCAUUACAUUUCCGCGUGCAGUAUAUUUUUUGCGGUGAGCACAAACAUACUAGCGAAAACAAUACAAUGACUCAUCUAAAGGUUAAAUUCACCACAGCCGAAUUACUGUUUUCUUUUUAAUGGUACUCCGUCUGCUGUUUCCCCUGUAUUCUUGCAGGUGAAAGAGCCGCUAAUCUCCCCCAAUAAUUUACAGAAAGAGCCACAAAUCCAUCUAAAUAUGCUCUUAAAUUUGAUGAUCUGUUAAUCUUUCAGGACUGGAUGCUACACCGUUCGCAUUUGGUUUCUGAGGUUCUAAAAGCAGGUGGUUUCCUGUUUGCAUUAAUGCUGUGUGACGUAUUGGAUUAAAAUAGCAGGAACUGAAAGUACCUGUUUUCUAAAAAAUAAAGGCAGCUGUAGAUGAAA